GGGGGCAGAUGGCGCUGGGCCCCGGGGCGGAGACCUGAGCUGCCCCUCCUUCCCUCCUUUCCUUCCCUGCAAGCCCCUCCCCGCGGCCUGGCUUUGCAGGCCGCGCCGUUGCGGGGAGCCCGGGAUUGGUGGGGGAGGGGGGCCGCUAGAGCGCUGUGUCCCCAGACCCCCCUCCCUUUCCCCAAAACUCCUUUACGGGCCCGGGUCCCAAGCCAGAAGGCUGGCGUUAGGGGGCGGGUAGUGACUCCCCUGACGUCAUCCGCCCCCACCCCCACGGGUUCAUAGGUCACUUAAUGCCCCGCCCGUGGAUAAAGGCAGUGGCUACUCAGGGAUGGGGAGUGGGAGGGGGUGGCGUAUAGUCUUAUUGUGGGUGAAGGAGGACGGGUGGACUGCACUUAUGACACCUACUCUCUGGUUAUACGAGGGCCAUGGAGAAGGAAAAACUCCCCCACUAUCUCUGCCGUUGUUUUUAUUCAGACUAACCCCAAGCUUCCGAAGGAAGUGGGAGUAAUUGAGGGAGGCCUACGGUCCCCCGAAAAUCUCCCGCCAAUCUGUCCCACUGAACUAAGUCGGUCUACCCCCAAGAGAGACUUUUGCUUUUCAGCUCUGGCACAGUGUUUCUCAGAUCCAAAUAGCCAAUCAGUGGUCACUUAGAUCUUUGGGGAGUGAGUGAGGCAGUAGCAGUGCCCCAUUUGGGGAGAAGACAGGAAAGUGUGUGUGGGGAGGGUACGGUUGUGAGAGGGCUGGCCCUGAUGGGUGCCUAAGAGGCCAAAGCCAGCUGCUUCCUCCCGAAAGGGCUUUCUUUGCUCCUUGCCAGUUGUUAGGCUGAGAAGUUUUAACUUGUUUAGUGUGGGUUCAGGGCUUUCUUUAUUCUGCAGUUAGAUAAGGGUAAGGAAAGAGCCAAGACUAAGCCUGCUAAUGCUUUAAACACGAAUGCCUAAACUAGGCAUUCUUGAAGUUAGAUUGCCUUCUUUGUAUCUUGGUUCAAUUGUUUCAGAUUCCUUCUCCCCAACCCCCCACAAAUAUAUACUUUGUUUUAAGAAAUGUAGGAUCCAAAACAUCAAUUAAUGUUGCAUUAUUGCAGUAACUCUUGUAUAUGACCACAUUUCAGCGAUUAAAAUGCAGAAAAUAUUAAAUCAUCCUUUUCAUUUGAUUAUAGAGAGAAUUAACUUUACUCUUUGGAGCAAAUCUUAAGAUCCGCUUGGAAAUGACUGUCUCACAUUGUAAAUGUGAGUCUUAAUGCAACUAUGUACCCUUUUCCAUUAUGGAUCUCCAAAAGAACAGCUUUAAGAAAUUAAGAGCAUGAAGUGUGAUAGAGCUUGAGUUUUAAUAGGGGGAGCUGAGGAGAAAUUACAGUUUAUGAUUUCUGUUAUGGUUUGUUUUUUUUUUUUUUUUUUUUUGAAAAGCUUAGAGAACUUUCCCUGAUGUCUCAGGAAACUCAUUGUCUUUCCAUGAGAUGGAAAUGAAUUAGAGAGUAUUCUCCUCAUUUUACAGAAGAAAAAGUCACAAAAUAACUUGCCCUCAAGGUCACUUAAAAAGCAAAGUUUGUCACAUACAAGCAGUGCUCCUUUAGACUUAUGUGAGUACACGAGUACAAGUGAAUGAAUGAGUGAAUGGUGUCCAGCCAGAAAGGUAGAGCAGAUUGCCUUCUGCAUCUUAAUGAUGUCAUCACUCCCAGCAUCCCUAGGCUUUGUGGUGCAUUGAACAGGAAGAGUGAGAGAUGAUACUCUGCUGGACUCCUGAAAUGAUUCCUUGAAUUUAUUGUUCAAAAAAACUCAAAUUGCUUUUAUCCCUUAUCUUAGUUGCCAAUCUGCUAUUCUCCAUUUUAAUUAUGAAGAAACUGAGGCCCAUAGAGAGAGUGAUGUUAUUUGCCUGUGAUUCAUAUAGCAAGUGAGGUUAGAAUUGGUUUAACAAGUUCUAUUAGAAUAAAUUUUGUGCUUUAGAAGACUGUAUUAUCCUCUAGGUCAUUCCUAAAAAUGCAUAAACAGAAGCCAGGACUAGGUUACCAUUUCUCUUUCAAUCCAGCAAAAGUCCCACAACUAUUGUGAAUUCUGAGCCUACAGUUAAAUAUACGUAGUAAUGUUCCUUAGAACUCUUUAUCAGGAAAUUGCUUUGCUAUCAGUAUGUAUUGUAUAUCCUUUGAGCCAGAGCAGCCCCAAAAUAGAGAAAAUUGAGGUCAUGUAGAUCUGUCAGAUUUAAGUGGGAUUGUAUUUGUUCUUGCCAGUUUUGGGGUUUAGGAGUUUUCAUUCAAAAAAUUUUAAAAGGCACAUAGUAAACAUGAUCAUUAUGUCAGGAAACAAUUUCUUAGUACCUCAAAUUGAAUACAAUCUGUUCUGCAAAAACAAACAAAAAAAAUCCCACUAUUUUAUCCUCUUCUCUGUAGUUUAGGCAUAUUAGGAAAGAAUACUUCUCUAGUACAAGCGAAAUUUCUUGGCCAUUGGUUUCAUUGCCUUUGAAAGAAAACAUUCUAACUUCCCAUCUGACUGAACAAACAAACUUUGGCUAUACUAGUCUGACCCCCUAGCAGUUGGCACCCCAUUCAGUUCUUAUGUUGCUUUUUGUUGAAUCUAAUAUUUUGUAUCACUUAUAAUAUUUGUAUAUUUCACAUCCUUGUUGCAAGACUGUAAGUUCCUUGAGGGUAGGAAAUUCUUUUGUUUAAACUUUGUAUUAUCCCCAGCAACCUCUAGAAGCCACUCAGUAAGUCUGAUACAUACUAAGUUGAAAGUUGAAAAAAAUGUUAGCAAGAGACUGAAAUGGGAAUGACCACUUGGGUGUCCAAUUCUUUACCAAAGUUGAUAGCAAUAAAAUGUGUUUAUGCUGCAGGCCUACUCAGAUAAUACAAAAACAAAACUUAAUUAACUUAGAUGGGAAUAUAAUAGACCAGAAAUACAUAUUCUCUAAUAUUGGUGGUAGGGAGCUUGGUCCUUGUAUACCUUGCAGAUUUCAGCAGGCAUGAAUCAAGUGAGAAUUCCCGGCAAUGCUAGAACAGUGAUGGAGUGGCAGAAGGGGACUCAGAAGUGAGGCGGUUAAAGGUCACAAAAGAAGAUACAGGAGACGUUCAACUUCUCCACUCAAGUUCUGCCUCUUGGGGAGAAUCAUGAUAACGUUGAUUACUGAGCAACUACAGAAGCAGAGUUUGGAGGAAUUGAAAUGCACAUGCUUCAGGAUCAGUUUGCCUUUGCCUGAUCAUUCUGACGUCUCUACCUGUGGGGACCCUUUCCAGCUUGUUUCUGAAGGUGCUUCCUGGAGGGGUCUGCCCCCCUGUCCCUGUGCCGGGCUCAAGGACAGCCUUAGUCUCAGCUAUCAUCACUCUAGUCUGAGUUUGCACUUCAAACCUCCAAGCCGGGGAGGCUCCCCACAGGAGAAACCUCUCUGCCAGGGCCUUUCCCCAGAAUCUUCAGGCUCAGAGAAAGUUCCUGUCCCUCCUGCUCCUCCAUCCAAGCGGCAUUGUCGCUCUCUAUCAGUACCUGUGGACUUGUCUCGAUGGCAGCCUGUUUGGCGGCCUGUUCCUUCCAAGUUGUGGACUCCUAUCAAGCGUCAAGGCAGUAAUGGAGGAGUGGGUGGGCCACUGGUACCGCAUCAGAGCUCCCCCAAGCGGGUCUCCAGCCUCAGGUUCCUCCAAGCCCCGAGUGCCUCUCUUCAGUGUGUCAAGGCCAACAACAGAUCCUGCAGCCCACCUUUCUUCAGUUUGGCCCUGACCCAUCAUGAUUCCCCAAGACCCUGUGCUGCAUCCCCUCCCAGUGGAUCAUGGGAGAGUGAUCAUGAGCCCCUAUCCCCUUUCCCUCCACAGCGUCGCUUCUCCUUGUCCCCCAUCCUCAUCCCACAGGCAGGCAGGUUCCUGCCCUCUGCCCGGAGUUCCCCUUCCUCUUCCCCAGAGCUGACCUGGCGACUCCAUGGUCUUCCCCGAAGCCGAUCGCAGCCUUGUGACCUGGAUGCACGAAAGGGUGGGGUCAAACGGCGUCAUGAUGAUGACCCAAGGCGUCUGCGACCCUCUCUGGACUUCGAUAAGAUGAAUCAGAAACCGUAUUCAGGAGGUCUCUGUCUCAUAGAUACAGCCCAGGAAGGCAACAGCAUCUCCCCACCGUGGUUCAUGGCCUGUAGCCCUGCACCCCUCUCUGCCUCGUGCAGCCCCCUUGGUGGCUACUCCCAGGUUCUGAGUGAAAGCGAAGAGGAAGAAGAGGGGACCAGGAGGUGGGAUCGAUCCCUUUUUACCAAGCGGACACUCUGCCAGCAGGACUUUGGGGACCUGGACUUGAAUCUGAUUGAGGAAAACUAGAGCUGAGAAGCUGCUUCUUGGGGGGAAAGCAAACUUCAUGUCUACUAACAAGUGAUGAGGCCUCCAGGCCAGAGACUAAACCUGGGAACUGGGGUGAGUUGAGGGCUCCAGUUCUGGGCAGCUGGGAAACAGCACGCACCAUGAAGCUCCACAGUGCAAACCCAACAGUUCAAUAUGAGGAGCUGAGGAGCUGAUUUUGGUUGUAGGAAAGCAAAGGGGUCAGAUGGUACAGAGUUCAACUUCUGUUGAAAGUCUUUAGCUAAAAUCUGAGAAGAGCUACUGUGGGUGUUAUCAAAAGAACAGUGGGAUGAAGUCUAGAGGAGGGCUUUGUGGUCCCAUGUUUCUGUAUAGGAAUGGUUCACAAACUUCUUUGACUUGAGGGAUCUGUCAGGUCUUAGAAUUUGGCCAAGAUGACAGAUGAUCUGUGUGUGGGGUAUGUGUGGGGAUAUGACAGGUGUGUGUGUGAGCAGUCCCAGGGAAAAUGUGGCUAGCCCAUCUUGGAGUGUCAAGUGGUUUCAAGUGGUAUAUAAGAUCCCAAGUUAUAAUGAAAAAUUAGGGGAAAAUCUCUAAAUGGGAGAAAUGAGGACCCUGACCAGGGUACCCUCCUUCCAAUUCCAUUCUUUCCUAACUGGUCAUGUGCUGGUAUAUGGUCAACUGUCCCUCUGGUUCACUAUGAUUCUAUUUUGGGUGGAAGCUUUUUCUUUGGAGGGGGGGGCUGUCCUAAAGUUGGGGACUCACAGAGAUGUCUCCUGUGGGACAUCUGUAUUGUCCUUAAAACGUGCUAUUAUCCUCCCAACUCUGGAAUAGUACCAGCUGUUGGGGGUAAGUAUAUCCUGUUUGGUCAAAGCCAAUCUUUUGAUCCCAGUCAGAAUGGUUUUAAUAUUCUGCUCCCCAGCCCAUCUUUGUAUACACAACUGGUAAAUGUGGGGGAGGGAUGUUGAAGAGGAACAGUGGCUAUGAUAACCCUGCAUGUUCAUUUCUCCCUUUAUCCCUACUUAGAGAAAGGUGUCUGCCAUAGAUACCUUUUCUCUCUGACCUUCCCCCAUCCUCCACCCUACCCCUGUCGUUAGUCUGGGAGAGGGAAGCUUGGGAAGGCACCCCUUCCUGUUCCAGAUCAGAUUCACCGGUCUCCAUCUUCACCAAGAAUUGAUGAGCACAGCAGCAGGAGGAGUGACAGCAGGUCCCAGCUGGCUUGGGUGAGCUCACCACAUCACAAACAUGUGAAAGCAGAUGGGGAGGACAAAGUGGGAGGUUAUGGGUGGGAGAAAUCACUCUUAGACCCAAGCCUAACCUGGCCCAAUUGCUAAGUUUGACUCCUAGAAAGAAUUGGCAUUAUGUUGGAUUAUACUAAAUUCCUUUGAGGAAAUGUUACUGUUUCUAAUUGGCCCUGGGAUAUAAUAGGGAGGUUGGGACUCACUGAGAAAAUUAAUUGGCUGGAUAUUUUGUAGCGAAACCUGUGAAAAACAGUUGGGAUUUUUUUGUUUGUUUGUUUUGUAUUAUUUCUAUCCAGUGACCUGAGCCAGAGCAUCAGGCCCUGUUGGUAGUGGUGAGACUUUAAGGGCUAUGCUGGUGACAGUGGGUAUCACCUUUCUCUGCUGCUGUACCUGCUACCACAGUUGCUAAGUAGGUAGUUUAUCCAGUAUUUGGCUGGACCUAACAUAGAACCCUGCCUUUCCUAUUAUAGGUAUGGGGGGAAUGUCUGUUGCCUCUUUCAGUUACUAGGAUGUUCUAGGGGGUUUUUCCUGGGUCCUCAUCUCUGGAGGCUUUGUAUGGGUUUGAACCUGCUGUUUUUUCUGCUUCUCACAUUCCCAUAAUAGUUACACCAAUGAAAGAUGCUGACUAUUGGGAUCUAAGGGAUCCUAUAGUAGGUGCUAAAAGGGCCUUGCUGAACUGGGCAUGACUACUGAGGUUCCUUCCCUUCUGUCUCUUCACCAUCCAUACCAAUUUCAUCUACACCUGAAGCUUUCUACAUUCUUGAAUGUAUCCUGGCUGUAGAUGGAGGUGUAAACCUGAUAAAAGACUGGGAAAUACAAUACUGGAGAUUGUCAGUCCUUUGUUUCUUUCUUUCCUGCUUUUGUUUCUUCCUGCUUUUCUCCUUCAGGUCAAAAUUUCUUCUAGCCCAGGCUUCACUAUUUUCAGUAUCACAUCCCUAUCUCACUACCUAGGGAGUGCUUUUCUUCUGUUGGUGACUGUCAGCUUAAAUCUUCUGGUCUCUUCUUUUGAAGGGAGAUACCAACUAGUGAAGGAGAAGGGCUGAACUCAAUAAUUUGCAUCCUUGAUCUGGCUCUCCUGUUGCCUUAGGGGGUAUAUUCAACUAAGGGAAAAGUCUAUAGGAGUUUAAAAUUGAAGAGCUUGAACGUGUUUAUAUGAAAUCUACUGGAACCACUUGCCCCAGGACGAGUCUUUUAAAGAAUAGGUGGAUUUUACUUUAGUGAAUAUAUUCCUGAAAAAUUUGUGUAACCUGGAUCCAAAUGUUUUAAAUAUACUAAAGGAAGUUCACAUUUUUAAAGCAUCCUGAAGCCAACUUUUGUCCCAAAAAAACAAAACUCCCAUCCAAGUUAAUCUUAUUUUGUAAAUCUAGAUUUUUCACAUAUUGGGUUUGCCUAACAUAGGGAUACCCUUGUGCCAGAUUUAUAAUCGGUAUUGUUGGGUGGAAGUCUCCAUCUGUGAUGUGUUGGGUUGUUUGGCUGACCCAUGGGUGAGUAUUUCUAUGUGUGACUGAAGCUGUUGUAAGACUGGUGCUUUCAUCCUCCUCAAUCCUCCUGUCCCCUGGUAACUGCCCAGCAGCAAUUCCUGCUGCCGUGUACACUUCCACCUGCUGCCAAAGUCCCUGUGCUAAUGGGAUUAAAACCCACACAACAAAAGAAAAUUUUGGUAACUUUGUUUUAUAUUAAAAGAAAAAAGUCUGUGUGUAUUAAACAUGAGGUCCUGCCUCUGUGGCUGUGUUUGAAAAAAAUAAAGUUUUAUUAGAAUAAGUUUUUCCCAAGCAUCCCUUGUGGGCUGCAGUGUCUUUGUCCCUUCCCAGUUUCUCCUUCUUCUUCCUCAGUAUCAGAGAACAAAGGAUGUGUUGUAUUUUACUUAUAAUGAUACUACUCCUUUUCUGUCCUCAGAUCCUUCUGUAACUUCAGUUUGUAGGAGCAGUGACCAAAGAUAAGUUAUUUGCACCUUUCUGCCCCAGGCUUUGCUUUUCCAAGAUUUUGUUUUUUGUUGAUGUUAGUAUAUUCUUCCUUACUCCAUAUUUUUUAUCUUUUUGCCUUAUCUUCCCUAUUGUCAUGCCUGGCUACAGCUGGUAGAGAUGAAUGUUUCCUUACCCCAUGAGGACUGUUUGAUUGUACAGAGAUAGAGGGAAUGGAGUCCUCCAUCCAAGAAGUAGAACUACUAUUGGCACUCUUUCGUUUUCUGAGAGUGUUACUUGAUUACAGUGAAAUCUCAUGACAAUGGAGAAAUUAUCAAAAUUAAAACACCAAAAGUACAAAUAGGUUUGUUUUUUUUUUGUUUUUUUUUUUUGGCCAUCUUGGGAGCAUUGAUUUUGAAAUGGCUGUUAUUUGUCCCAUAUUAAACAAAAAGUUCUGUCUUAUAGUAAGGGUAUUUAACCUCCUGAUUCCUCAAUUUGUAGUAUUAGUAU